AUGGAUUACAACAAAACCACAGUGGAUUUUUUAGAUUUACGAAUCUCCAUUCAGGGGGAUGUAUUGGGAACCACUCUUUUUCAAAAAAUUGCGGACAGAAACUCACUAUUACAAGCUACAAGUUGUCACCCAGCUGGCUUAAAGCGAGCGCUACCAAUAUCACAAUUCAAACGAGUAGUUCGCAAUAAUAGUGACCCUGAGAAAGCCAAAGAACAGCUACUGUAUAUGAAAGAAAGAUUCCUACAAAGAGGCUAUCGACAAGCCCAUAUUGAACAACAUCUCUCAAAAUUCUGGAAUAUGAAACAGGAGGAGGCCCUAUGCACAAGAGAACCCUCAGGGACGGAAAAUCGUCUGACCUACCUGACUACAUAUACCGCCGAUAAGAAGGAAGUACCAGGAAUUGUAAGAGAUCAAUGGAACAUAGUGACAAGUGAUCCAACUUUACCAUUUACUACAAUGGGACCUCCCAGAGUGACCUAUAGACGAGGAAGAUCAUUAAGGGACACUCUAGUCAAAGUGGAUCCCGUGGACAGUUACAAGAAGACAACUUGGCUUCAAUCUCCGAAAGUGGGUUGCUACAGAUGUCUCGGCUGCACUACAUGCAGUGGAUUAAGCAAUACCAAGACAUUCUCACACCCCCAUACCAACAGAAAGUGUACGAUUAGAUACAGAGUAACGUGCACGACAGAAUUCAUUGUUUAUCUCUUGCAUUGUCCAUGUGGUCUUUUCUAUGUGGGCAAGACGGUUGACACCCUCCGUAUAUGCAUGGCCAACCAUCGCUCUGCUAUUAGGCUGGCAAUUCGUGAAAAAGAAUCAGAGCAGCCAGUUGCAAGGCAUUUUGCGAUGUGUGGCCAUACGAAGCCAUGGCGCUGUAACAACCCCGGAUGUGAUCAAACCUAUACCCGCAGGAGUUAUCUCCACAGACACAAGCUGCAGCAGCACACUGACGUCAAGGGGCACAGCUGCACAUCCGCUGGCUGCAGGGCAGCGUUUAAAACGAAGAAGUGUCUAAAGCGCCACAUUUUAUAUAAGCAUGGAAAGGAUUGCCCAUUGACAUGCUCUGUAUCCGGAUGCAAACAAACUUUCCAAAAGCGGAAUCUGCUGAAGAGACAUCUUUCUGAGCAGCACAAUGAGCCUGUAUUUGUCUGUGACUUUCCAGGAUGCAGCUGGAAAUCAAAUCGUUCAUCCCAUCUGACUGCCCAUCGCCGGAGGCAUGCAGGUUAUCGCUGCAGUUACAAAGACUGCCAAGUUGUGUCGCCUACAUGGACUUCCUUGCAGGAACAUCGCAAGAAGCAUCCAUUGUCACUCCAGUGUGCCAAAUGUGGAAAAGAUUUCAAGAAGCAAAGUUCGCUGCAUAAACACCAAGAUAAGCACAAGGAACCGAGCCCAAGGCUGCCGUGUCCCAGGGAGGACUGCAGUGAAACCUUUACAACAGUGUUCAGUCUGACGCAUCAUGUGCGCAAGGCUCACCUGUGUCUGCAAACACAUCGUUGCUACCACGCAGGAUGCAGCCGUAUAUUUUCCAUGAGGGAAAGUUUGAUUCGACAUCUUGUGAUCCAUGAUCCUGAGCGAAAAAAACUGAAGCUUAAAUUUAAUAAAGAACUCUCAAAAACAAGUCGCCGUAACAUCCACCGCACUCUGCCAGUUGUGGAAGAGGACUUGAGUAGGCUCUUUAACCAGAAACUUCUCUUCCGCUGCAAGACACAAAUGGAGAGCAAUCUAUCCGGCCUCUUCAAUGAACGACUUCUCCGGGAUCAAGCUGAGCCAGAGGUCAACCUCAGUGGACUUUUCCAGUUGCCUACUGGUCACAUAAAGACAGAAAAAGUGGUUUGAGAACAUAUUCAAGAUAUAGCUUGAAAAACAAACCUUUAAGACCAACGUUGGGGUUUUUUUUUUUUUUUUUUUUUUUCCUGCCAGACGUUUUGGCUAAGAACACACUGUAGCUAAGUGUGAUUUUGUUCUUUAUAGGCUGUAUGACUUAAUACUUUUUUUUGCGUUUAUUUUUGCAAGUUCUUGUUUAAGUUGUAGAACCAUAGAAUAUGCAUAUUCUGAAAUUAAAUAAAACAUUUAACUUAAA